AAGAUCUACGCGUGGGAAGUCGUCAAUGAGGUGCUCAAUGAGGACGGGGACAGCAUAUUCUCGCGAACUCUGGGCUCUAGUUUUGUUGAGGAGGCCUUCCAUACGGCACACGCGACCGACCCUAACGCCAAGCUAUACAUCAAUGACUACGGCAUCGAAGCCAAGAACAAGAAGUCGGACGCCUUAUACGAGUUGGUGAAGGAGUGGAAGGCUAAGGGAGUUCCCGUUCAUGGGGUCGGUAUGCAGGCGCACUUCAGGGAGGGUAGUGUUCCCUCAACCCUUCAGGAAAACAUUAAACGAUUUUCCGAUUUGGGAGUGGAUGUGGCUAUUACUGAGCUUCAGGUUAGGUAUCUGAUGCCUGCCUCAGCUGAUAAGAUUGCCAACCAGGCCCAGGAUUAUAGCCAUGCUUUCAGCGCCUGUGAGAAUGUGGACAGGUGUGUCGGGGUUACCGUUUGGGGGUUUACCGAUAAAUACACGUUUUUCUUCGACAAGGGUUAUGGGGAACAGCAGCUGUGGACAAAGGAUUUUAAGCCCAAACCCGAUGUUGAGGCCGUGGAUAAAGUUUUGAAA